UGAGACAAUGUACCUUGCCGGACUGCAAAACUAUGAAAAAUAUUCUAAAUCACAUGACGAAUUGUCAAGCCGGAAAGAAUUGCACCGUGCCUCAAUGUAGAAUAUAUAGGCGGAUCAUCAGUCAUUGGAAGCAUUGUAAACGAAGUGAUUGUCCGAUUUGCUUGCCGAUAAAACAAGCACAGAACGGGACAAUUUCUGCGCAAGAACCCGCAAUUCAACCAAAUAAUCAGCCAAAUCCAAGCUCAUCCAAAAUGAGAUGGGCUUAUGAUGCUUUAGGAAUUCAGUGUCCGACAACAACACCGGGGCUUUUACCCGGUCAAGACAUUGGUAGGGGCGUUAGAAUGCCAGCUCCCGGCAUGAUGGGCGGUCCUCCAGGGGCAUUGGGCAACGUUGGAUUAGCGCAAUCUCAGACACAGACGUCAUGUGUUUUAGUUGCACCAGGACAAUCCGUAGCCUUUGCCGGACAACAAGUAGUCACGCCGAACGUAUCUUUUCCUUUGAAUUCCGAUCCUAGUAUAGUAGGGGUAGCUGGCAAUCAGACGGUAUCAACGACCGGACCUACAGCCACUGACGCAGCGGCCGCUGUCGGUAUACAGGUUAUUCCAAAUGGAUUACAGGAUCUACAGUUUCCAGGCGGUCUUCAAUCCAGUCAAGUCACAGCGAUACCGGUGCAAGGAACAAAGGAGUGGCAUCUGUCCGUCACUCCAGAUAUCAGGAACCAUCAUGUUCAUCAAUUGAUUCAAGCAAUAUUCCCGAAUCCCGAUUCACAAUCUAUGGUUCAUAAAAGAAUACACAACUUGGUCGUCGCGUUCGUGAGGAAGGUGGAAAGUGACAUGUACUUUAAGGCUAACUCCCGGUCGGAAUAUUAUCAAUAUUAUCAUCUGCAGGUCGGGAAAAUCUACAAGUUUCAAAAGGAAGUUGGUACGUAGUUACAACGACAUCGAAAGAUUCAUUAAAGUCACAUUCUUGUAAUCAAUUCUCAAAUCUGUCAUUAUUAAUAUUACUUUUUUUUCAAGUAAAAGAAUACAGUGAAUCAUUUGAUUCUUACUUAACAUUUGAUAAACAACAAGGAUGAAAUUUAUUGCGUUACUCUGUAUCGUCUGUUUCUCGUUGGAAUACGCCGUAAAAUGUAUACACGUCACAUAGUUGUACACGGUUCAAUUAAUUUUUUGAGAAGUAACCGAAUCAGAUUCUUUUCUUUCUGAGUUAAUCUGUACCUAAAUUCUAAGAGCGAUUUAUCGA